AUGACGCAUCCUUUGUGCUUAGGUCUUGUAUGUCUUCUAGUCUGUGUGUUGCCCUCUGUUUUUUCCAAGGACUGCUACUACUGUGAUAUCGCUCCCUCAGCCAAAUGCCCCGCUACAAGGAUGAUUUGUGAAGAAGAUCAAGACUGCUUUGUGGGUGAAGGAGUUGCCUUGGGGGUUCCAAUGGUUCACAACAAGGGCUGCACCCGUGCCAUCAACUGUGGGAAAGAGCAGCCUGUGGCCUACAUGGGGAUCACCUACAGCUUGGUUACCAUCUGCUGUAAUGGACCAUUGUGCAACACAGCAGAGCCCAUAACAAAACCUUCUCACUUUCUGCUGCUUGCCUUCAUCUUCGCGCUUCUGCUGGGCUUCAUUUGA